AUGUACCACAACACCACCCCCCAAGAGCGCGGCAUCCGCAACCCCAACGCCCCCACCGCCGCUCCCCCCGGCGGGCUCACCUACGGGCAAUCCCCCACCUCCGGCCCCGCGCCCACCACCGCCGGCCACCACAAGCACGACAUCAUCAACAAGCUCGACCCACGCAUCGACAGCACCCACGACCGGCAGCCCAUGCCACAGACCAGGAACAACAAGAUCCCCGAAGGCACCUACGGCCCGCACAGCUCCCGCCUGGCCAACGCCCUCGACCCGCGCGUCGACUCCGACCUCGACAGCACCACGCGCACCGGCGCCGGGACCGGGAUGCACGGCACCGCCGCCGGCGCGGGAGCGGGAUACGCGCCGCACGGGACGGCGCAGGCGGCCGAGGGCACGUACGGGCCGCACCACACGCGCAUGGCCAACGCGGCGGAUCCGCGGGUGGAUUCGGACCGGGACCGGCACCAUCUCGGAACUACUGGAGCGCAUUCCGGCGGUGGUGGUGGUGGCAUCAUGAGUGGCGGCCCAGCGGCGGCGCCGUACCAAGGGGGUGGGACCCACGCCGGGAUGGUGCCGGGCCAUGCGGGAGCGGGCGUGGGUGCGGCCGCGCCGCAUAAUACCGCUACGACGACGACGACGACCAGCGCGGGGCCGCACAAGUCGGGUCUGUUGAAUAAGUUGGAUCCGAGGGUUGAUAGCAAGACAGGGAUGUAUAAGGAUACGGCUGGUGCUGGGACGAGGGGUGGUGGGUAUUGA